AUGGAGGAAUCCCAUUUGUAUGCAUUACUUGUAACCCUCACACUCAUACUCUACGCAUUGCUAUUCACCUUCAAUCCCAAGAACAGCAAGAAGAAUCCACCCCCUUCUCCUCCCACUCUUCCCGUCAUCGGCCACCUCCACCUGCUCCGCCCCCUAACCCACCGCAGCCUCCUUCACCUUUCUCGGACCUACGGCCCCGUCAUGCUCCUUAAAUUCGGCUCCAAGCCCGUCCUCGUCAUCUCCUCCGCCGACGCAGCCCGCGAGGCCACACGCACCCACGACCUCGCCUUCUCAAACCGUCCCGGCCUCAGCGCCAUCCGCAAGCUGUUCUACGACCUCAACGACCCCAUCAACCUCCCGUAUGGCGACAAGUGGCGCGCGCUGAGGGCCAUCUUCGUGCACGAGCUUCUGGGGCCCGCGCGCGUCCGAUCGUUCGACUCCGUCCGUGAGUCCGAGGUGUCGCUGCUGGUGGAAAGGCUGGGCCGCCGGAGGGCCACCGACCUGACGGCUGAGUUCGCUACGCUUAACAACAACCUCAUCUUCCGGACGGCGUUCGGGAAGAAGACGGUGCACGUGGAGAGGAUGGUGGAAGUCAUAGACCGGAUUGUGGCAAUCUUGUCCAAGUUCAGGGUGGGGGAGUUUGUGCCGUGGCUGGCGUGGAUCAACAGGCUUACCGGGUUCGACGCGGCCGUCAACAGGUGCGCGAGAGAUAUCGACGAUAUCAUAGAGUCGGUGCUCGAGGAUCACAUGGCCCGGAAAGAAGGCAUGGAUAAGGAGAACUUUAUGGAUAUACUGCUCGGGAUAUAUAGGGGAGACGUUCCGGGCGUGUCGAUCGACCGUAUUACCGUCAAAGCCAUGAUUUUUGAUGUUUUAGCGGCGGGAACCGAAACCUCGGCAAGUACUCUAACCUGGAUGAUGACCGAGCUGAUUCGGCACCCGAACGUCAUGAAGAAACUGCAAGAUGAAGUCCGAGGGGUGACCGACGGCAAAACGGCCAUUACCGAGGACGACAUCCAACGAAUGCCGUACCUCAAGGCCGUGAUCAAGGAGACUCUGCGGAUCCACCCACCGGUGCCCAUCUACAUGCACGCGGCCCGAGAGCACGUGAACUUCAUGGGGUACAACGUCGAGCCCGAGACGAUUGUCGUGAUGAACGUGUGGGCCAUCGGGCAGGACCUGGCCUUCUGGAAGGAUCCAGAGAGGUUCGUGCCCGAGAGGUUCAUGGACUCGUCAGUCGACUACAGGGGGUUCGACUACCAGCUGCUUCCGUUCGGGGCCGGGAAUAGGGUUCGCGGCAGCCACCUUGCAGCACACAGUGGCGAACCUCGUGAAGAACUUUGA